GAUCAACGUAUGAAGCUGGUGAACGAAGUACUGGCGGGUAUGAAGGUCAUCAAGUUGUAUGCCUGGGAGAAGCCUUUCCUGGCUACCCUGGGCCGUGCGAGAACGGAGGAGUUGAAUGUGCUCCGACGAAUCCAGUACUUUGGUGCAGGUACGAGUCUCUCAGUUGUGGAG